GUAGCCAUCAGCCUAUACCGAGGUAACCACUUGAACUUCGCCGCCUACUCGGUAUCAUACGUUAAAUCCAGGGUCCUUUUGAUUCCAUCUGUCAUCUGUGACAUCCACACAGCAUGGAGGAUUCAUCUGAACAGUCCCACUGGGUGUCCCCGGCUCUGCUGAGCUCUGACCCUCUUGCCGCUUUCUCCUCUGAGCCUGGCCUGCUGCCUCCAGGGGAGGAUGGAGAGGUGUUCUUCUCUAGCCAGGACUCAGACUACUCCAGCCUGCCCUCCUUCUUCAACCCCAGUCACAGCCGAGCACCAUCCACCUACAGACACGGCUCAGUUCGACAGGUGUUCACCUCGCCAAGCCUCCUCAGUAACUUUCCGCUACUGGACGGGUCAGGGAGCCACUCCCUGAGCUCGUCAUACAAUGCCCCCUCCUCCACCUGGAGCAGCAGCCCCCUCACCAAGACCACGCUUCACUCACACACCCCUACCUCCCUCUAUACCCCUGGCAUCUCCUCCUUCAACACCCCCAGAGACGGAUACUCUUCUCCGAGCAGAGAGGGCAGGGAGAGUCCCAGGAUGCAGGAGGUCCUAAAGGCUGAGCGCCUGAGCCCACUGGGGGGGUCCAGUAGUAGUUUUCUGAAUCUCACACCUGCUGCAGGUAGUGUGUACACCUCCUCACCCCACUCCCACCCACAUAUGCUGAGCCCCUACAACUCGUACAUGACAGGUCCACAAGAGUACAACUCUGCUGCUCUGUACUCAAGCCCUGGAGCAUGGAUCAGCCCCUCGUUCUCCCCCAAGCUCCACAAUAAAAUGAGGAUAUCCACUCCAGAGGCCAGAGAGUGCGUUAACUGUGGAGCCACAGCUACCCCUCUAUGGCGGCGGGAUGGUACUGGCCACUACCUGUGUAAUGCCUGUGGACUGUACCACAAGAUGAACGGCCAAAACAGACCUCUAAUCCGACCCAAGAAGAGACUGAUUGUCAGCAAGCGGGCUGGAACACUUUGUGCCAACUGUCACACAAGCACAACAACACUGUGGAGACGCAAUGCCAAUGGAGAACCCGUGUGUAAUGCAUGUGGACUCUACUUCAAACUGCAUAAUAUAAACCGCCCUCUUACCAUGAAGAAGGACGGCAUUCAAACACGUAACAGAAAAGUGUCCAACAAGAACAAGAAGAGCAAGAAGGCAGCCAUGCUGGAACAAUACUCAGAUAUGACUCAGCAACACGCCUUGGACGGCAAUGGAGGCCCCUUUUCUCUUGGCCCUGGGACUCUCCUCACCUAUAGCCAUACACCUCACCUCAUCCAGACAGCAUCAUCCCUGCAUCCCUCUGCCUCUUUACCCUACACACACCAUCUCAACACUGGCAUGAUGCCCACUCUGGUGUGAAACAACAAAACAGGCACUUGAAAGCUGUGUAUGUUUUGGGAAGUAUUACGCCUGCUUCCUUGACAGUUAUUUGUGUGAAGUUGUACAUAUGUGUUCCUGUAAUGACUCAUGUGAAUAAGGUUUUCUUUAAACUGUCACUAUAUUUCAGGGAGAAGCACCAAAUCUGUAGAUGUUAUCAAGUGCUUGAUGUCAGAAAGAAUAUUGUCUUAGGUGUAGACACAAAUGCAAAUCUGAUUUGACUUCUAUCCGAGUCUUAAUCCUUCUUAUGAUGUACUUUGUUUUUUGGGCUUACACAGGUCUCUUUUGUAUUAAAAAAGAUAACAUUACGAUGUUGAAACUGUCAAAAAAAAAAAGGAAAUAAAAUGUGAGACUUUUAUUUU